GCUAAUAAUCGGCUCGGUCAUUUUUAAUGAUCGUUGAAAGCCCAGAUCGUAAUCGAGAUUAAAAUUCGAUUAAUCGAGCAGCCCUACUAAUGUUUCACAAACCCGUUGGCAUGGAAGUGUAUGAGAUUAAAAUACGACGAGGACAUUCAUGCACGCUUUUAUUUUUUUGGUUCAUGAUGUUUCACCAUCAAAAUGAAAUGUUGUCUUUUUCAAAGGACCUGAUUAAAAAAAGACAAAUCUGCAGACCGCACUGAUGUUUCCAAUGAUGACACGUUAAAUGAACAAUAUCCAGGUGAAUCUGUUUCACAUCGAGACUGGGACGGUGUAGCUUCAGCUGUGUGGCUGCAAACAGUUUAACACGUCCACGUCGAGCACUGAGAGGACUUGAAGCAAUAAAGUUUCAGAUGCAUUAUUAACAGACGUGGCUUAAAUUAAGUGUAACAAUGCUGUGAGUGUACAGCAGCUUCCUGUUUACAGUGUUCAGCUGUCGUCAUGAGGAAGAGUAUGUCGCUGUUUUUACAGGAUAACGAAGGUUCGCUUGUUUGAGAGUCUGCUGACAUCUUUCCCGUGAAGACUGAGAGAUGAAGAAGAGCUUCGUCUGCAGAGGAAGAAAUGGCUGAUGAGUCUGGUCGCUGUGGACUACCCUGCUGGUAAUUAUGGGAUGUCUGCUGGAAGUCUCAGAGAUAUGAUGAGGGAAAAUCCAUUCGGUGUCCAUCUCGUCCUUUGGGGGACAGGUGGAGGUGAACGCUGGGUCGCAGGCAGACCGUGACAUUUGCGGGCGCUCUGGGCUCUACGUCCUCCUGAAGAGGAAGCUUCUCGUCUGUCCCCACUUUAAAGGACGACUUCCUGCAUCUGUUGUUUUCCUGUAGAAGAAGAGACAAAGUGUUGGAGACAGAAAUGGUUAAAAACAAACUCAUGGGAAGGCGUCAUGGUGGGAUACUGAGACGGUGACAUUUGAGGCUCGUUGUUGAUGGAAGUGGAAAUUACACGGUUAAACUUUUGGUGAAUCCAGACGUGGUCUGCGAUGGCUCAGCAGGCCACGGCGGGGCGACGCUGCCUGCGAGCGUUCGUUAGCGGAUUCUUCGUCGCCGUCCCCGUAACCGUCACCUUCCUCGAUCGAUUCGCCUACGUGGCACGAGUGGAGGGAUCAUCGAUGCAGCCAUUCCUCAACCCAGAGGGGGGGUCCAAGUGUGACGUCGUCCUGCUGAAUCGUUGGAGUGUGAGAAACUACCAGGUCCAACGAGGUGACAUCGUGUCUGUUGUGUCCCCGAGGAAUCCAAAGCAGAAGAUCAUCAAACGGGUCAUUGGCCUGGAGGGAGACUUCAUCAGGACUCUGGCCUACAAGAACCGCUAUGUUCGAGUUCCAGAUGGUCACUUCUGGAUCGAGGGAGAUCAUCACGGCCACAGUCUGGACAGCAACAGCUUUGGACCGGUGUCUGUGGGGCUGCUUCACGGUCGGGCCUCUCACAUCAUCUGGCCACCAAACCGCUGGCAGCGAAUCACAGCAUCGCUCCCUGCAAACCGAGGACCGCUGGACACCGACGAGGAAGAGGACUGACCACGCCCACAGAGUUUCUGUAUUUUUCUUAAAAUGUCAAAUUCACAGCAAGAGCCGCUCGCUGUGACCGUGUGAGUCAGAUUACUGCAUGGCUUUUAUAUAAACCGUGCUCAUUGUACACUCAGGUGGUGUUUUGUUCGUUUCACUGCAGACUUUUGUUUUUAAAUAUUUCUUUCUUGAACGCU